CCAGUCUGUUUGGUGAAAACGUCAAUAAAAGUUAUUAAGAAAUAUAAACUCCCUUUGGAUAACAAAUGGACAAAUUUAAAAAUGAAUGUGAUAACGAAGGAAAAAACGAACUUCAGGGAGUACUAGAAGUAGUACUUUUGUUUCUAAAAAAUAAUGGCUUUAUCGAAAGUGCCAAAAAACUUGACGAGGAAUGCAAAUUUAGUAAUAUCACUUUAACAAAUAUUAGUGGAAAUGUUAAUUACAAAUUUUACAGAAAUGAAGAACUUCAAUAUUGUGAUACAAAUUCAGUUACGCCACAUAGAUGUUGUAAACAAUAUCGUAACAACGUCUCUUCAUUGAAGCAACUCCACGAAGAUUAUCAACGUCUUUUAGAAUUCGUGAUCAAAUUGCACAAUGAUAUUAAUGGUAUUGUGAAUUCGAUGGUCGCUAAUUUAGUUCAAAAGGAAAUAAUUAACGAUUCUGCGAAAAGAAGAAUCCGGGAUAUAUCCCUUAUUUUAGACGAUAUAAUCAAAGAGGUAAUAACAUCGAAUUACAAAAACUCAAACAACAAUGAAUCUUGUAUCGAAAUUGACGAAACUAAAGAGAGACCUAAUGAGGAUUGGAAUUCGAAUCAAUUAGAUGAAAAUAGAACGUAUAAACUGGAGAUAUUUCCACCAUACGAAACAUUUAAAAAGAGAAACGAAAGGAGACAAAACUCUAAGAAAAGGGAAAAACUACACAAAAAUUAUCAACCAAAAAUUCCUUUGUGCUACUUAGACGUUUGCAGGAAGCUUCAAAGCGGAUGCACCGAACAUUGCGAAUGCAUAAAAUGCCUUCCUGAUCAAAAUACUAGUAGGUACAGAUGCUCCUGCUAUGAUACCAUCCGUAAGGAAUUAGAAGAAGACGAAGAACACGGGACUGAUAGUACAACCAAGCAGAUAUUUCAUAGUUCACGUAAAGAAGAUCCGUGUCGUAUUUGCAAAAAAGUGCAAUGCAAGUGCGCUUUCAAGUCUAGACCAAAAAUAAGAAGAUCGCCUGUUUGAAUUUUACUUAAAUUAAAUUAUGGGAAAAUAUCUAAAAUUUGCGUUAUCAUCUGUAUGAAUCCUAUAAAAAUGAUACUAGAUAUUUUAAUAAUUGUAUAGACUUUAAUUGCUGUGACUUCUAAAUCUUAACCCUACUUCUGAAUC